GUUAAGUUGCAGUUUUGUUUCAGUGCAUGAGUUAGAGAAGGGACUGAGAAUGGAAGACAUCUCCACAUUCCUGAUAUCAUUAUUAGAUACAAGGUCAUAGUCAUAAUUCUUUCUUUCUAGUCAGUCUACCUCCAUUUAUUACCUUUGUCUUUUGCAUCCACUCCUUCUUCAUCCACUCAAUGUUGUUUUGUCUUCCCCCCCCCCCCCCUCUACUAUCACCUUUUUUCACUACUUCAUUAUCACCUUUCAUCCCCCUCCUCAUUUCACAACACCACCACCUCUCUCUGUUUGCCUCUCUUCCAAUUAGGGUUUCCCCUAUAAAAGUGCUCUUUCUGUAACAAAUCUGAGGCUAGCUUAUACCUCUUGUUGGCUUAGCUAGGCUACUUUUUUUCUAAAAGAGCAGCUUCUCAAGGAACUCCUACAAGGAAAAAAAGGUACUUCUCUUUUAGUUCAUUUGAUCAAAGAAACCUAUACAUCACAAACAGGGAAAAAUGUCAUCAUCCAGCUCUUACAACACUCCUUGUGCGGCCUGCAAGUUCUUGAGGAGGAAAUGCAUGCCCGGAUGCAUCUUCGCUCCAUACUUCCCACCCGAAGAGCCUCAAAAAUUCGCCAACGUCCACAAGAUUUUCGGUGCCAGCAAUGUGACAAAGCUCCUCAAUGAACUCCUCCCUCACCAGAGGGAGGAUGCAGUGAACUCCCUUGCCUAUGAAGCCGAAGCGCGAGUGAGGGACCCAGUUUAUGGCUGUGUAGGAGCCAUCUCUUUCCUCCAGAGACAAGUUCAGAGGCUCCAGAAGGAGCUUGAUGCUGCUAAUGCUGAUCUGCUACGUUUUUCCUUACCUGAUGUCAUUCCUCCAGCUGCAUCACUUUCUGUGCCUCCACCAAUGAGUUCGGUUCAGUUUGGUGCAAGAAUUGGUAAUGAGGGAAGUGGGUUUUAUCGGCAAGCUCCUUCUACUUAUUCUUUCCCUUAUUCUCUUCCAUGGAAUGAUACCUCCUCAGAGGAUAUUAGUGAUGGAGGAGGAGGAGGUGGAAAUAAUUUGUGAAUUAAGAAUUUGAAGUAUUACCCUCUUAGGGUUUGAGGCAUGGUCUGAUAUUCUGAUGGCAUGGUGAUAUUAUAUAUACACUAUUCUGAAGAAAAUAUUUGGUAGAUAUUACAUAGUGCAGAUAUAAAACAGAUAUCCAAUGUGAGUAAUGAAGACGACAGAGAAAGAGAGAGAGUAAAAAAUUGGAUGUUUGAAGAGUGUUACAAUAUUUAAAUGUCUACGGUGUUGAAAUGUCUAAAUAUAUUCUGGACUGGCUAUGUAGACUUACUUGGACUCUUGGAGCUAGAUUAUUGAAGGUCUACUACUGUGUUCCUGAGUUUUAUUCUUUUCUAGAUUAUGAGCAUGUAUUUGUUUAAGAAUUAGUAGGAAUUUAGGUUUCAAAAUAUUUUUUAAGUGUCUUUUAGAGCUAAAUAAGUUGGUAACAUGCAUAGUGAUGUAAGGGCUAUACUAGGCCUCUUAUUGUGUAUUUAUUCACUGCAACUCUAUGAUGAUGAGUUGAUAUAUUUGUCGGUUAUUGUUUAUUGUUGAGAAUGUGAGAGUGAUAACAUUACUUGGUUGUAAAGCCUAAUAACUAUGUUUUAGACUCUUGGUCCUACCCAGACUCUAUAUAU